ACUGUUUGAGGCUGGUAUUAUUCUAAAUAAGCUAUUACUUCUGCUGCUACUGCUACUAUUACUAUUACUACUAUUACUACUACUGAAGACUUAUCUUAAUAACACAUUAAUAUAAUACAUGAUGACCCUCUCUCAAACAAUAACAAUGGGCACCCAUCCCCUAGGAACCGGGCGUCCUUCUCCUGCUAGGAUUACGUCGACACUCGAUUCCCGGCUUCUAGCGGGCAAGGGCAAGAUAGCGGCUAGCAAACAAUGGGCAGACGAGCCAUGGCCACUUAUCGAGCCGCCGUCUCGGACUCGACGUACCGGACACCCAGCGCAACACAUCGCAAACGAGGUAGCGCACACGCACAACGCGAUGCUGCGCGGCCUCAACGCGCUAUAUCUGCAAGCUCCGUAUAUACGGAGCCCCGCGGACGUGGCUGAUUUCUGCUUUCUGGCACACGUGUGGGCUGCUUGGGUCAGGGACUACCAUAGCCACAAGGAGGGCGUUAUGAUACCCAAGUUUGAGGACGCGUUGGGGUUGGAGAGGGGGGGUCUGAGGAGGCCGGCUUUGGCUUGUACUGCUGAGGGUGAGGGUGAGGGGGGAUGGAUGGGGGAUGGGAAUGGGAAUGGAGAUGGGAAGGGAAAGGAGAAGGUGGGAGAGGGAGAGGGAAAUAUACCGGCGCUCUUGCAGAGCAUACUAGACCAUACCGCCGCAACGCACGCCGACCCAUCCUCCUACUCCCCCUCAACACUACAAUCCCUCCUAUCCACUCUCGCCAGCACCCUCGUCCCUCACCUCCACAACCAAAUCCCACUCCUCCAACAAAUGCAAAACCUCUGCCUAACCCUCGACUCCCUCCCCCCAUCCCCAUCCCCAUCUCCCUCCCCUUCCCCUUCCCCCUCCUCAUCAGCAACCACAACCCAACCCCCAUCCCGCCGCUCAACCCCCGCCUCAUCCCUCUCCUCCCGGCCGCAGACCCUCUCCCCCCCCAAACCCCCCACCAGCCCCGCGAUAUCCACCCUCCUGACCAAAACCCACCUCACAGCGACCACGACCUUCAGCGCCUCCUUGGACCCUUUUACCUCGCUGCCCAUGAUCGUCCGCCUGCGCGAUAUCACCUACGACGGCCGCACCCACGACGGCGGCGUCUGGCCGCGCCUCUCGGUCCCCGCGCUCCACGCCGUCGCCGACCGCCUGUCCCCGAAGCACGCCGGAUCCUGGCGUUUCCUGCCGUGCGAUGUGUGGGGGCGGCCGCGGGAGUCGGAGUUUAUCGGCGAGGGGGAGGGUCGUAGUGAGUGAGUGAGUGAGCGAGCGAGUGAAGCCUGAAUGCUGGAUGGUGUGGGAGAAGGAGGGGGUUAGGGGAUGGGAAUAUAAUAAGGGGAUGAUGGGUGUGUGGAUAUACUGGGUAGUAGCCAUGUGAAUAGAUAUAUAGAUUUAUCAUAUACGGAUACGUCGGACAUAGACAUGUAUAUUCAGGA